GAAAUGCAUGAAAAGAGUCCAUUCACAUUUUGGGAUUUUCUUCAACAACGAAAGCGUUGGAUUCAGGGUAUUUAUUUGACAGUGCACGCCAAGCAAAUACCCACCAAAAAUAAGAUAUUAUUAGGAUUAUCAUUUUACGCGUGGGCAACGAUGCCUUUGACAUCACUUCAAGUCUUUCUAUUCCACUUAUUCCCACUACCACCGUGUUUUAUGUUCGAUUUCCUUGUUGGUUUCGUUGCUGCGGUUAAUUUAUAUAUGUAUAUUUAUGGUGUUAUUAAAAGCUUUUCGAAUAAAUAUAGAAAUAGUCCGAUGCGAUUGUGUUUAUAUAUGGCUGGUGCAGUAUUAACAAUACCAUUCAAUGUAUGGAUUGAGAAUAUUGCCGUUUUGUGGGGAAUGUUGAGCGACAAGAACGGUUUUUAUGUUGUUAAAAAAGACGUGCAAUUGCUGAAUGACGGGUUUCCGUGA